AUGUUUGGGCUGGACCAAUUCGAGCCCCAGAUCCCCCACAGCAGGAGCGCUGCCGCCGGCCAGGGCGACAGGAACUUCCACGAGGCCGGACUGAGCAUGAACACCCACUUUAAGGCGCCGGCUUUCCACGCGGGGGGCCCUCCCCCGGGCGCCGUGGACCCCGCCCUGAGCGCGCUGGGCGAGCCCCCGCUCCUGGGCAUGAACAUGGAGCCCUACGGCUUCCACCCCGCGCCGCGCGGCCACUCCUCGGAGCUGCACGCCGCGGGGGGGCUGCAGGCGCAGCCGGCGGUGCACGGCUUCUUCGGGGGCCAGCAGCCGCCGCCGCACCAGCACCACCACGGCCACCCCCACCCCCACCAGCACCACCCUCACUUCGGGGGCAACUUCGGGGGCCCGGACCCGGGGGCCUCCUGCCUGCACGGGGGUCGCCUGCUCGGCUACGGCGGCGGCGGCGGCGGCGCUGGCGGAGGCCUGGGCAGCCAGCCGCCCUUCGCCGAGGGUUACGAUCCGAUGGCGGAGAGCCCGGGGCCGGAGAGCUUCGGCCCCCCGCCGCAGCGGCCCCCCGGGGGGACCCUCCCGGACUUCCACAGCUCGGGGGGCGCCUCGGGCCACGCCGUGCCGGCCCCAUGCCUGCCGCUGGACCAGAGCCCCAACCGGGCCGCCUCCUUCCACGGCCUCCCCGCCUCCAGCGGCUCCGACGCGCACAGCCUGGAGGGCCGGAGGGUGGCGACCCAAGGAGCCGUCGUCGACUCGCUGGAAUACAGUUACCCGGGCGAGGCGCCCUCGGGACACUUCGACAUGUUCUCUUCGCCCUCGGAGGCCGAGGGGCAGCUGCCUCAUUACGCGGGGCGCCAGGUUCCGGGGGGCGCUUUCCCCGGGGCCUCGGCGGCGCUGCCCAGGGCUGCGGGCAUGGUGGGCUUGUCCAAGAUGCACGCUCAGCAGCAGCAGCAGCAGCAUCAGCACGGCGGCGUCUUCUUUGAAAGGUUCGGCGGGGCCCGCAAGCUGCCGGUGGGCUUGGAGCCGGGCGGGGUAGCCUCCAGGCACCCCCUGAUGCAGCCCCCCCAGCAGGCCCCGCCGCCCCCGCCGCCGCAGCAGCCCCCGCAGCAGCCUCAGCAGCCGCCGCCUCCGCAGCAGCAGCCGCCGCCGCCCGGGCUCCUGGUCCGACAGAACUCGUGCCCGCCCGCGCUCCCGCGGCCCCAGCCCGGCGAGGCGGGCACCCCCGGCGGCGGCGGCGGCGGCGGCGGCCUGCAAGACGGGGGGCCCCUGCUGCCCAGCCAGCACGCGCAGUUCGAGUACCCCAUCCACCGGCUGGAGAACCGGAGCAUGCACCCUUACUCGGAGCCCGUGUUCAGCAUGCAGCAGCAGCAGCAGCAGCAGCACCCUCCUCCUCCCCCUCCCCCGCAGCAGGCGCCCCACCAGCGGCUGCAGCAUUUCGACGCGCCCCCCUACAUGAGCGUGGCCAAGAGGCCGCGCCUGGACUUCCCGGACCGCUGCGCCUCGUGGAGCGGCGGCGGCGGCGGCGGCCUGGACAACCACCUCUCGCCCUCGGCCUAUCCGGGCCUCCCCGGCGAGUUCACGCCGCCGGUGCCCGACAGCUUCCCCGCCGGGCCGCCCCUGCAGCACCCGGGCCCGGACCCCCAGGCCCUGCAGCAGCAGCACCAGCACCAGCAGCAGCAGCGCCAGAACGCGGCCCUCAUGAUCAAGCAGAUGGCAUCGCGCAACCAGCAGCAGCAGCAGCAGCAGCAGCAGCGGCUGCGCCCGCCCAGCAGCCUGGCCCCGCUCGGCCACCCCGGGGACGUGGGCCCGGGCGGCCUGGUGCACGGCUUGGCCCAGACGAGCUUUGAGCGCGAAAACGGCGGCGGAGGGGGUGCGGGGCGCCUGGGCGCCUUCGAGCAGCAGCACUUGGCGCCGGAGAGCGCGUGGUUCCCGGGUCCCCACGCGCCCCCGGGGGACCUGCUGGCCCGCCGCAUGGGGGGCGGCGCGGGGCUGCAGCCCGCGGACUGCGGCGGCGGCGGCCCGCACGACCCCGGCCUGGCGCCACCACCCCCUCCUCCUCCGCCUGGCGGCGGCGGCGGCGGCUCGGGGGGCGUGCUGUUCCGGGGUCCCCCCCUGCAGGAGCCGCUGAGGAUGCCCGGGGAGGGCCACGUGCCCGCGCUGCCCUCCCCGGGCGGCGGCGGCCUGCAGUUCGGGGGCGGCCUGGCCGGCCUGGGGCAGCUGCAGUCGCCGGGGGCGGCGGGCGGCGUGGGGCUGCCUAGCGCGGCGCCCUCGGAGCGCAGGCCCCCUCCUCCGCCCGAUUUCGCCGCGUCCGCGCUCGGGGGCCAGCCGGGCUUCCCGUUCUCCAGCCGGCAGGCCACCCCGCACAGCGGCCCGGGCGUGAGCUCGCCCCCGAGCGCUGGGGGCGGCGGCCCCGGAGGCGGAGGCACCGGGGGCGCGUACCCGCCGCAGCCCGACUUCCCCGCCGGCCAGCGCGCCUCGGCCAGCAAGCUGGGCGCGCUCUCGCUCGGCUCCUUCAGCAAGCCCAGCUCCAAGGACAACCUGUUCGGCCAGAGCUGCCUGGCCGCGCUCUCCACCGCCUGCCAGAACAUGAUCGCCAGCCUGGGCGCCCCCAACCUCAACGUGACCUUCAACAAGAAGAACCCGCCCGAGGGCAAGAGGAAGCUGAGCCAGAACGAGGCCGCCGCCGAGGGCGCGGCGGCGGCGGUGGCGGGGGCAGCUGUGGCCUGCAAUCCGGGCUCAGAUUACUACCCGGGAGGAGGAGGAGGAGGAGGGACUGCUCCGGGGGCCCCGGGGCCUGGGGGAGGCCCCCCGGGGACCAGUAGCAGCAACAAAACCUCUGGGCCGCCCAACCCUGCCUCCCAGGGGGACAGCACCAGCCUCUCCCCAAACUACACCCUGGAGUCCACGUCGGGGAACGACGGCAAGCCGGUCCCCGGGGGCAGUGGCCGGGGCCGGGGGCGCAGGAAAAGGGACAGUGGGCACGUGAGCCCGGGGACCUUUUUCGACAAGUACUCAGCGGCCCCACCCCCGGACGGCGGGCCCGGGGUCAGCCCAGGCCAGCAGCAGCCUCAGCAGCCGGGCUCGGCCCUGGGGGGAGGCUCCAGCGAGGCCCGCGGGGCGCCCACGCCCCAUGAGAAAGCGCUCACCUCGCCCUCCUGGGGCAAAGGGGCCGCAGAACUGCUCCUGGGGGACCAGCCGGACCUCAUGGCCUCCCUGGACGGCGGCGGUGGUGGCGGCGCCAAGUCCGACGGGAGCUCCCCGCACGUCGUGGGCGAGUUCGCCUCCUCGGACGAGGUGAGCAGCAGCGGCUACGCCAACAACGAGGACGAAGUGUCAUCCAGCUCGGACAACCCCCAGGCCCUGGGGGCCAAAGCGGCCACAGGCAGGAGCCCCCUGGUGAUGACAGGUUCGCCCAAACUGCCUCCCAAGGCAGCGCCCUCGGCCCCGCUCGGCCUGGGCAUCAUGUCUACCUCUACCUCGACCCCUGACAGCUAUGGCAGCGGCCACCCGGGCACGCCGGGCCUGGAGCAGGUCCGGACCCCGACGGGCAGCGGUGGCGGGGGCAGCAGCAGCAGCAGCAGCAGCACUGGGGUCGCACCACCGCUCCCCGACGAGAUCCACCCCCUGGAGAUCCUCCAGGCCCAGAUCCAGCUGCAGAGGCAACAGUUCAGCAUCUCCGAGGACCAGCCCCUGGGGCUCAAGGGGGGCAAGAAGGGCGAGUGUGCCAUUGGCGGCGGCGGCGGGGGCGCCCAGAACGGAGACAGCGGCGAGCUGGGCGGCUGCUGCUCCGAGGCGGUCAAGAGCGCCAUGAGCACCAUCGACCUGGACUCCCUGAUGGCCGAGCACAGCGCCGCCUGGUACAUGCCCGCCGACAAGACCCUGGUGGACGGGCCCGAGGACGACAAGACGCUGGCGCCCUGGGAGAAGGCCAAGCCCCAGAACCCCAGCAGCAAAGAAGCCCACGACCUCCCCGCGAACAAGGCCUCCGCCGCCCAGCCCGGCAGCCAUCUGCAGUGCCUGUCUGUCCACUGCACAGACGACGUGGGCGACGCCAAGGCCCGCGCCUCCGUGCCCACCUGGCGGUCCCUGCACUCCGACAUCUCCAACCGGUUUGGGACGUUCGUGGCCGCCCUCACUUGA